AACCCAAACUGUCCUUUUCCCCAUCGCCUUACACCAAGGGUAGGGGGGUGUGCAUAGGCAGAAAUUAACCUAUGCUUAAAACUUUCUUUAGUGAAAGUUCAUACUUACACUCUUUGAGUUUUAAACGUUUUUUUUUUCACUCGCUUAUUUCAAGAGCGGGGAGACUUCUUUCCAUUUCUGUUUUUUUCACAUUAUCAAAGGCAACGGAACAUAAGCCAAGAUGAUUGACACAGUGACGGGACUUGGAGCACAGCCAUUUGCAGAUCAGCUGAAGGCCCUGACGGAUCUGGAGGGCCGAUACCAACCCAAGUUAAGUGGCUUGAGGCUUAUUGAAGGCUCUCAGGACAAUGGCCUCAGGAUGACCGCCAGAUUGAGGGAGCUGGAGGUGAAGGACCUGCUCUCUCUUACCAGGUUCUUUGGUUUCAACUCGGACACCUUCUCUCUGGCCAUCAGCCUGCUAGAUCGAUUCCUCUCUGUAAUGAAGAUUCAGCCAAAGCACCUGUCCUGUGUGGGCCUGUGUUGCUUCUACAUUGCCGUGAAGUCCUCAGAAGAGGAGAAGAACGUGCCUCUGGCCAACGACCUGAUCCGCAUCAGUCAGAAUCGCUUUACAGUGUCUGACAUGAUAAGGAUGGAGAAGAUCAUCAUGGAGAAGCUCUAUUGGAAGGUGAAGGCCCCCACAGCCCUUCGCUUUCUCCGGCUCUUUCACAGUCACAUUCAGGAGCAGCUCGACACUGAGAGCAAGAAGAUAUUGAGUCUUGAGAGACUCGAAGCUCAGCUGAAAGCCUGUCACUGUUCAUUUGUCUUCUCCAAAAUCAAGCCAUCUCUGCUUGCCAUGGCUCUCCUGUGUUACGAGGCACAGGAACAACAUGACCCUGAGCACAGUGACAACAUAGUAGAGGCCCUGAAAAGUCUGCAGCUGCAGCUGAAUAUCAGAGAUGGGGACCUGGUUUGUGUGCGGGAGGUGGUUGGAAAAUGCCUGGUUGAGUAUGCCUCCACCAAGUGCUCCAGGCCUAACAGCCAGAGGCUGCGCUGGACUAUUUCGGGAAGAACUGCACGUCAGCUGAAGCACAGCUACUACAAGAUAGCUCAUCUUCCCACCAUACCCGAGUCAGCCUGUUAAACCUAGAGGUACAAACGGGUGACCUUAUAUGCAGAGAAAACUGACAACUGCCCCUGGAUCUUUGCUCUGAUUGGAUGUAAAUUGUGGGUAACUUUCUUGCAGUAUGGUCACCCGUGUACAACUCUUGAUUAUUUUCCUUACAGAUCUUCAUCUGUGAUGAUGGGUUUCUUUAAGGAAAAACUCAAAAUCUCAUGCUUUUCCUCAAAUUUUUUUGUCAUGCGUUGAUCAAGCACACUGCAUUUCAUCUGCCCCAAUGACAAGGAGUAAUGCUUUGUGAGAGGUUUAUCUGCUACCAUCCUGCUAAGUUUUACUUUCCUGGUUGAGUUGCUUGCACAAGUGUACAGUAUGUACUUGUUCAAAUCCGUACCGAGGUGUUUGGUAUUUCCUGGAACGGGUUGCUGGUUUUAAGCAAAUAAGUAUAGAACCACCUAGGUCCUCAGUCCACCAUGUGGAAGAGGAGGGAGAAGGAUUUUGUGAACAGCAAAAAUGGAACCAAGAAAUCGGACCCAAAGUCCUUAACUCCCACCCUAGGUUGCUAAACUGUCUUGAAUGCACACUCCUACCCAAGGUGAUGAUUUCUUUUUCUUUUUGUAUUUUGAAAUGGCGAGGGAGCUCUGGAGUUCUUGGUGAGCCCAGGCUAGUGACCAUCCUGUCAGGUAUGGCUAAUCAUACUGUUCGGGCUGAUGUCAUCAACGGCUACAGAUGAGUUGUUUUCACAGAUUCUUGAUGUGUUAAAAAAAACAAUUUGUCAUUGCAGUGGAAAUGUGGAUUGAAAUAUGUAUUGCAUUUUCUUUGCCAGUUUCCCUGUCUAGUUUAAAUAUCUGUUAGCGACGAAAAAUUCAAAAUGUCUGAUUGAACGCGCCAUCUGGUUAACCUACACACUUGUACCUUUCAAUAAAAUUUUAUUGAAAAGCUA